AUGCCGCCUUCAAUCACUGUGGAGCCAAUCCGGGCUUCCAUGCUCCUCGAUGUGGAGGGAGUUGGUGGGCAUCCAAAGGACCUGAAGCCGCAAGGACUACCGCCCGGAAAUUCGACGUUGAAUAUUCAGAUUGAAGGCCUCGACAGGUCAUUUGCUGCUCUGUGGCGGGGCGGGAGUGUCAUUGGGAUUGGGUCGAUUGGCGAAGAGGAGGAGAAUUCACUGAGAAGAAAGAGAUCAUUGAUCUUACAAACUCUUGCCGCAGCACUCCUCAGCUCCCAGGUGCGAGCCAACGCGAGUUCGCCCGCAUUGCCGAAUGUAUACCUAGUGACUCCGCACACUUCUCAAACCAUUCCAAUGCUUCAUGUCCUUCUGGCAACCACCAUCUCUGAUUCCCAAGCCGCGAUCGAGCUUCUCAGAACUGUGCGAGUCUUGCAGUAUUUUGAUCUCGCGGGACUGGCAGAGAGCUUGGCGGAGAUCAGUCAAGAUCUGUUCCGAAGGACUCAUGCAACCGAUGAGCCCGUCGCUGCAGAGGUUGGCAGACACGCUCUACCCAAAGAUAUCGUCGUGAUCCAAGGUCUAGGCGAGACGGUGUCAGCCACGCAUCGUCGGAGUGGCCUCGUUCAAAGCAAUGCGUUGCUAGGGAAUUUGAUGAGGAAUAUUACGCAGAUAUCACGGAUAUCUAAAGAUGUUCUUGUCCUUGUAGAGGUUGCGCUUGAGACUGGGGCGCCCUCCAACCCGCAGUCGUAUCAAGAGGCGGCAAGGGCCAGGAGGGCUCAUGCAACUAUCCAACUAGAGUCGGUCUUUGCUGGGCCUAACGGUGAGACUCUGAGGCUCUACUCCGGGCAUGAGACAUUGGCAAGGACGCUAGAGGCAGACCUCAAUUGCAUCGUUGUAGCACAUGACGGCUUCGGACGAGUCAAAGAGAAGGGGAGACCUAACGAGUCCAGCGAGCAGGUAGUUGAGGUGGUCAAGGAUCGAGUUGGGGACUUGAUGGGUCUUUGGGGCAUUUGGAAAGGAGGAUGA